AUGGUAUGGGAGAAGGGCAAGGGGAGGGGGAAGGGGAAGGGGAUCCGCGGCAGGGAGUCGGCGCAAGGCGGCGGCGGCGGGGACGAGGAGGAGGAGGAGGAGAUGGAGGACCUGGUGUUUCUCGUGGGCGUGGCGCGCAACAACACUCUCGUGGCGCGCUACACGACGGACGUCAAAUUCGUCGCCGUGGCUCAGCACGUGCUGGACGCCGCGCCGCCGUUCCUCUCCAAGGUGUCUCUCGCGCACGACACGCUCAUGGCUCUGCUGCUCGUGGACAAGACCGGCAGCUGCGCCAGCGCCAGCGGCAGUAGUGGCAGCGGCCACAGUAGCAGCAGCAACAGCGGCGGCAGUGGUGCCAGCGGCAGCGCUGGCAGUGGUGGGAAUGGCGGUGGCGGCAGCAGCAGCAGCAGCAGCAGCAGCGGCAGCAAGAAGAGUGGUGGUGGCAGCAGCAGCGCUGGCAGCGUGUGGAGUAUGGUGGGCCCAACUAGCCCUCGCCCAUUCACUGGUGGUGCUGCUGGUUGGGGUGGGGGUUUUGUUCCUCCUUCCACUUCCGCUUCCUCUAUCCCUCCCCACCCUUCCCCGAAACACGCCAUCCACCCCCCCCCUACCACAUCGGACAGCUCCAGCGUCACCACAACGGGCGUGCUUAUAGCGAGGAUGUGCGGGGGUGAGUUUGAGCGCGCAGACGGGUACAACCUCCUGAGAAAGGUGCUCAAGGCGUUUAAAGAGGCUAGCACGGCGCACCGCCGCUCUGCCAGCAGCGUCUUCAUCCGCUCCCUCUCUGCGGGCGCCGGUCUGCUCACCGGGUCUCGGGGGAAGGAAGGCGGAGGGACUGGCGGAGGAGGCGGAAGCGGAAGCGGAGGAGGAGGAGGGGGAGCGGGGGGUGGCGGUAUUAAUGGUUCUGGCAUGGCCAAUUCUGCUUCGGGUGGCGGGGCCGGUGCGUUCCCGACCAGCGUGUCUGUCUCUCGCGCGGUUACUGCAGGAGCAGGAGCAGGGGGGGGGGGCGCCGGGGAGGGAGGGAGCCAGUCGGAAGGGAAUUUGGUGUGGGGGUCGAAGGAGGAGCAAUACCUUUUGGAAGAGGUGGAGGAGGGGAAAGAGGAGGGGAAGGAGGAGCGGAACACGGAGUGGAGAAGGACGGAGAGCAGCAGCGGGGUUGCAGGGGAUACUGGGACACCUGCAAAUACAUCUCAAGUAGGCGCGCUGCCAGGUAUUGCUGUUAUGCUCUCAUGCCCUCCUUCCACUCACGACCCCACAGCUCAAAAACCUUCACCCAUUUCUGUCUCUAUUCCCCUUCCCCCUCCUCCCACUUGUGCUCGUGUCUAUCUUAUCCUUAUUUCCUUGUUUACUCACUCCGUUUCCUCUCUAUUCUUCUUCCUCCCCCUCCCCUCCCCCCCUCCUCCCUCUCUCCCUCCCUCCCUCCCUCCCUCCCUCCCUCCCUCCCUCCCUCCCUCCCUCCCUCCCUCCCUCCCUCCCUCCCUCCCUCCCUCCCUCCCUCCCUCCCUCCCUCCCUCCCUCCCUCCCAUCCCCUCGUCGUCCGCCGAUCUUUCCUUACCAGCGGCAGCGGGAGCGGGUGUAGGCCCUCCCUGCCCUGGCAUGCCCCCAAGGAGUCCGCUGAAGAUUGCUGCUGGUGGGGGCCGGCGGGAGAUCAUUCUGAUCAAGGAGCCAAAGAAGAGUAGGAGGCAGAGGGCUGCGUCUGUGGGUGGCGGUGCUGGGAGUGGGGCGGUUGGGGCAGUCUGUAUUACACAGGAGCAAGCCGUGGUUGGUGGCGGUGCUAGUGCAGGGGAGCAGCAGGAGCAGAAGAAGCAAGAGGGGCAGGAUGGGGAGGUUCAGAAGAAGGGGCAGGAGGAGCAGACGAUGCAAGAAGAGGAGCAGGCCAAGCAGAAGGAGGAACAGGAGGUGAAGCAGGAUGAGCAAGGAUUCACCGCGUUAUUCUCCUCCUCCUCCUCCUCCUCCUCCUCCUCCUCCUCCUCCUCCUCCUCCUCCUCCUCCUCCUCCUCCUCCUCCUCCUCCUCCUCCUCCUCCUCCUCCUCCUCCUCCUCCUCCACCACCACCAUGGCCCUUGCUCAACGGAAACCUUUCUACUCAACAUCAUUCGUUCCCGUGCAAUCCUCUACGCCUGCCGAUUUCCCCAGCCUCUCCUCCCCUUUCCCCUCCUCCCCUGUCUCCUCCUCUUCCUCACGACCACCAACUAACCGCGUGUUACGUAGGGGCUGGUCGUCGGAAGUCCCUGGGGAUAGAAGCAGGGGUAAGAGGGCAGCGGGAGAUGGCAGCAGGGGGGGAAUGGGGCUGGGAGGGUACGGGGAACGUGAGAGCGUUUUGGUUGGGGAGUACACGAAACUGAAACGGCCUUCAACUAGUGGUGGUGGCGGUGGCGGUGGCGGCGGUGACGGCAGAGGUUUUCUUUAUAGUGAAGAAGGGAACAACACGCCAAGCGGCUCUAAGGUCAGCAAGGGCGGCGGCCUCUCCCUCCCUCUCACCGGUUUCCCCGACUCAUCCUUCAAUGCUUCAGUGUCGGGCGCAUGGCAGCAGUUCAGCCGCUCCCUACGCCUUCUCUCCCCGUUAGACCUCUGCGGAGCCCCGCCGCAGCCCUUGAGAGGAGCACGGCCGGGCGCCCGGCUGCCUGCCCUUGGGGGGUUUAGGGGGCUUGGGGGAGCAGCGGGGGGGGGAGGUGGGUCGGAGGUGGAGAUGGAGUGGAGGGAGAGGCUGUUAGAGAGGCGCAAGGAGGUUGGGUUCCAGCGGUCGUCCUCGCUGAGUGACGCAGAGGCGUUUCAGCAUCUGGGGCUGUAUGGGUUGGACGAGGAGGGGUAUGGGCAGGAUGGGGCGGGGAAGGAGGGGGGGGGUUUGGGAUCCAGGGACGGGAUGAGAAAGGGUGGGAUUGGCGCUGGGAGUGGUUUUGGCUUAGGAGUGGGUCGCAGCUCGAGUAGUAAGUCAGCAGAGGAGGGUGCUUCUGCUGGUUCUCCUGCUUCUGCUUCUGCUUCUGCCGUUGCGGGCGCUGGUGGUGGUGGUGCGAGCUCUGCUGGUUUCGCCGCUGUUGGCUUUGGUGCCGGUGGUGACGUGCUGGGCUUCCUGUCUCGUGGGUUCGGAGGCAGUAGCAGGUCAGCAGGAGGGGCGGUGGGAGCAGGGGCAGGGCGAGUGCAGCAGCAGCAGCAGCAGCAGCAGCAGCAGCAGCAGCAAGGCAGUGGGGGUGCGGGCCUGGCAGCGUGCAUCAGCGGUGCAGCAGGCAGCACAGGGAGGAUGAUGGGAGGAGGAGGGGGUUGGAAUGCAGUGGGUGCAAGUGGUGAUGAUGACGAUGACGAGUCGCUGCUGCUGGGUUACUCGAGAAUUGAUGUUGAUGUUGACUCUGCGGGGGGGUCAGGGAGAAGCGGGGAGCAGGAGGAGGGCGUGGGGGCAGCCGUGGGAGUGGGGGUGGGCGUGGGGGUGAGGGUGGGGAGAUCUGGCAUGGCUGUUGGAUCUUCUGGGGUGGUGGGUGCAGAUUCAGCUGAUCCCUCAUCGGCCUCCUUCAUUCCAUCUGGCCUACGGCACAAUAGGCUCUGUCUGCUUGUCGCCGUGUUGGCUCUGCAAGCCCUUGUUGGCGCUGCAAUUGCCUUCCUCGUUCUCUUCACCUGA